AGAUGGAAUCAGUUCCCAUUAUUUACGUGUGCGCUUUCGAAGCGCGAGAUUCACGGCGCUGCAUCAUCCUCGCGGGAAUAGCAUAACCCGGAGGAACUACCUCCCCCGGAAAUCCACCAGAACGAACAAUACAAUUGUUGGGUUCUGGUGGAUUCCGCCUUGAUUUACUAAAACUACAUCCACACGGAAUCGCUCCUCCCACGAUCAACGAGCUUCUCGAAGACACUUGUGCGGUGGGCCUUGCAACCCACAAGUCUUGUCUACCAUAGUACUACUUUGGGUGGUAGCCACGUUCUUCCUAUCAGAAUGGGAAGAGAGGCGCGUAUAUUCGUCUGAACUCGGAAGUUCUCCUCUCCACCUACAUCACCUGCUUGGCGGCGAUUCCAUCAUAGCAACUGAUGAAGGUCUAUGAUUCUGGCAUCUCACUGCUGGCGGCGUUGUGUUCUGUCUGUUACCAUUUUUGCGAGGAAGGUCUUCUGGUGGAUGUUUUUGGUUGUAUAUUUGCUAUUUCAUUAUUGCUAUUUCAUUGUUGCUAUACAUUUCUGUUUUACAUUUCUGUUUUACAUUUUCUGUGUUAAGAUCUCUACAUUUUCUUGAGCUUCCUGUUGAUAGGCCGUUUUUCUACAAUUGAUUGAAAUCUAUUUCCAUACCCAC